AUGAAAGUUUUAAUUUUGAUUUUACUGUCCCUUUAAACAACUUUUUUUUAAUUUACUUCUAUUAUUUAAUUUGUUUUUGUUUUUUUGUAUUUGUUGAAGAAGCAGCAAUGCAUUACUGGAAGCUAGCUGAAUGAGUUGGUUGAGACCAAUCAGUAGCUUCUGAGCCUACCUAGGUACCACUUUCAACAAAGGAUAUCAAGAGAAGAAAACAAAUUAGAUAAUAGGAGUCAAUUGGAAAGUUGUUUAAAAUCACAAGCUCUAUCUGAAUCAUGAAAGGAAACAUUUGGGCUUCAUGUCCCUUUCAAGAUGUCUUAUUUCUGCAGAAUAUCCCCACCUUCACAUCAUAUAAUGCCUAAUUGUCUUUUAGAAAUAGAGAAAGAAGAUUUUCUUUAGGUGACACACGUGCACGAUAUCAUGAUUUUAAGUUGAAGGGUGCUAGUAUGUUGUAGAAUCAAUACUUCAUGGAAAGCUGCAGAUGAUCUGGGUAGUUCUCCUCAGUUUGCUCUGCUACUUGGUGUUGUUCCUGUGCCGCCACUCCAGGCACCGUGGGGUCCUGCUCUCCAUCACCAUUCUAAUCUACCUCCUGAUGGGGGAGAUGCAUAUGGUGGAUACUGUCAGCUGGCACAAAAUGAGAGGUGCUCAGAUGAUUGUGGCAAUGAAGGCAAUUUCUUUAGGGUUUGAUGUGGACCGUGGAGAUGUUCGGUCAAUUCCUUCUCCAGUGGAGUUCAUGGGAUAUGUUUAUUUUGUUGGGACAGUAAUCUUUGGGCCAUGGAUCAGUUUUACCAGCUAUAUCCAGGCUGUAAAGGGACGGGCCUUGAGCCUGUCCUGGUUCUGGAGAGUGUGCCGCAGCUUGGCCUUAUGCAUUUUGUGUCUUCUGAUGUCUACAUGUGUGUCGCCCUACCUUUUCCCAUACUUCAUUCCUCUGUAUGGGGAGAAGCUACUCAGAAAAAAGAAGCGCAAGGCCAGGGGUGCUGUUAUACGGUGGCUCCGAGCUUAUGAGAACACAUCGUCAUUCCACUUCAGUAAUUACUUUGUGGGGUUUUUGUCGGAGGUAACUGCUGUUCUUUCUGGAGCGGGAUUCACCGAGGAGAAGGAAAAUGUGAAAUGGGAUCUGACUGUGUCUCGUCCUCUGAGUGUGGAGUUUCCUCGGUCAAUGGUAGAAGUUGUGACCAACUGGAACUUGCCUAUGUCACAGUGGCUACACAGUU